UCUACAGUUGCAUUUUAUUUUUAUUUUAUUUAUUUAUUAUUUUUAUUUUAUUUUAACACUGAGCAUCAGCCUUAGGGUAUCUGACACAAUCAUAUUCAUGUCUUCUUUAUUCAUAAUAGAAAAUAAAAUUCUCACUGCAUUCUUUCACCACUGUCUCUCACCUCCCUCCCUCCGUGUACUUCUCUGAGCAAUUUGAAACUUUGUAUUGCAGCACUUCUCAUGAUAUUGCCUCCUUAUGAAGAAUCGAUUUAGCUGUAUUCCUCAUCUGUAAACGAUUUGGAUUAAAAGUGACGCCCUGCUUGACGUAAUAGAGGGGGACACACGGAGAGAUGCGCUUAUUUAGACCCGAGUCCGUUCCGUUCCUACUGCGCAAAGUUACAAGAUAAAACUAUUGAAUAAAUCCUUGCAUGGCUGAAUAGACGGAUAAUCAUGUAUGAUCGGAUUCUCAUUUUCUUCUCUUCCUCUGGUGAGACCGAGGAAAUGUAUUAAAAAACAGACUUAAAAAAACUGGACAUUUCCUUUAGAAACUAAUUGCUUCAUAUGGUGUGUUUUUCUGACGUGGAACUUUAUGCUGAGGUCGUUUUGACUAAUUUCUGCUUCACACGAAGGUGUAGUUUUGGUUCGUCUGUUGCGCGUAUGGAGCUGAGGGACCUUGAGCAUUUUGUUGAACGCUUUUCAGAGCUGUUCGGUUUCCAAUGAUCUCAUUGAACUCACAUAUUUUGAGCUAGCUUUACAUAUGCAUUUUCAGCCGUUUAUGUUCUUUAGCUUUUACCGACUGAAAAAUAAUAUAUUUACAUUUUGACGGGUCAGUGUCGUUGCGCAUCUCCAAGCGCGUAUUUGUUCGACCACGGAAAGCGCGCACCUCUUCAACUGAGGACUAGCAUUGUAUUCAGUGUAAAAGCUUGCUUGUUAACAGUCUGUUUGCCCAGGAAAAUACCUGCAGAAUGCAAUUGUUUUGCCAAAAAGAGCCCCUUUUCUCAUUUAACUGAUUUUCUACAAGGAAAAAUGUUUUUGGAAGGAUUAAGCUAGCAGACUUUGAGAUACAAGCCUACAUCAAGACACAUCUGUUUAUCUUGGAGCUUAAAUAUGACCACGAAGCCGUCUCCAAAGAGUUGGACAAAUCUCAAUUCUAGCAUUAAAAUUUGCAACCAUACUAUACCAGGGUGUCCUCCUUACUCCCCCGAAGUCACCGCUACAUUUGCCACUGCCAUGACGCUCAUAAUGCUCUUCACCAUUUUCGGGAACAUCUUGGUGAUCAUUGGCGUCUUAACGUGCCGUUCUCUGCGAGGACCUCAGAACCUCUUCCUGGUCUCCCUGGCUGCAGCUGAUAUCCUGGUGGCCACCCUCGUCAUCCCAUUUUCCCUGGCCAAUGAGCUGAUGGGCUACUGGUACUUCAGUUCGGUUUGGUGCGAGAUCAUCUUGGCUUUGGAUGUGCUCUUCUGCACAUCGUCCAUCAUGCACCUGUGUGCCAUCAGCUUGGACCGCUACCUGUCCAUCUCGCGGCCUUUGCAAUACGCCUCUCAACGCAUACCUUGCAAGAUCAAAGGAGCCAUUGUGGUGGUGUGGCUCAUCGCUGCAGUCAUUUCUUUCCCCCCGUUGGUCUCUAUGAAAAAGACCCAAAAGGAUGAGCCAAAGAAUGGCACCUACCCAGAGUGCAAACUCAACGAAGAGGCAUGGUACAUCCUCUACUCCUCCAUUGGGUCGUUCUUCGCCCCUUGCAUCAUCAUGAUCCUGGUGUAUGUUCGAAUCUAUCAGAUUGCCAAGAAGCGCACUCGAUAUCCUCCAGGGGAGCCCAGGCAGGACAUCGUAGUUGCCGUCCCACAGGGUAUCCAAGAAAAGGCGCUGCAGAAUGGCAAAGAGCAAGAAAGUGUAGGCCAAGCAAAUGCUCCAAAUCUGGCUGUCCGAUCCUCUGCCCUGCUGGCCUCCAGAAGUCAAAUGUCCCCAAGCCAGCCUUCGCUGCCUCCAGUUGAGAGUAGUCAACAGAAAAAACAUUCACGGAGAAACAAGGACAACAACAACGAGGACAGUUCAAGCUCUGGCUCAGAUGUAGACGUGAUGGGGGUACAUAAUGCCAAUGGGACAUCCUCCAAUGUGGGAGCGCUGGAGCCAGGACACCAAACUUCCUCAGUGACUCAAACGUACAAGGACAUGAUCGCUACAGCAAAGGGCAGCCAAUUGACCUCUUCUAACAUGAAACCAGUAGGAACUCCUAACACCAGGAGAAAGGCCAUGAUUGUUCGGGAGAAGCGUUUCACAUUUGUUCUUGCAGUUGUUAUCGGAGGAUUUGUCAUCUGUUGGUUUCCAUUCUUCUUCAGCUACAGUUUGCAGGCCAUAUGUCCAGAGACUUGUAAACUGCCAGUACCCCUUUUUAAAUUCUUCUUCUGGAUUGGCUACUGCAACAGUGCUCUAAACCCGCUCAUCUAUACCAUCUUUAACAGGGACUUCCGAAAAGCUUUCAAAAAGAUUUUGAGUAAAAGAUGUAAGGAAUGUUCUUUGUAAAAGUUGACACACCUUUCAAAAGCAGUUUUAUACAGUACAGGGUCAUUGAUUCAUUACCGGGUGAAUCUUAUGUCCAGGUCAUAUUUAACCACAAAGUCAAAAGAGAAAAAAGUAUUUAAGAAAAUUAAUAUUUGUGCAUUGACAAUUUCAUGACAAUUAAAACAAAUUUACCUUCCAAAUUACCUUUAUGCAUACUGACGUUUUACUGUAAAGUUCUUGAUGAUUCUCAUUACUGAAAUACGGUAUGUUUUAAAGUCACAAAUUCAUUUGAAAUAAAAAUAUAUUAAAGGAAUGAGAAUAAAUACUACCAUGAUGUAUAAAUACUUGACAAUUAAAAUAAUAUACCAUUAUCUUUUUGGCAUUGUAGUAAAUUGGAUAAAUUACUAUCAUAGUAGUAGGGGCUUUCUUUGUCCAAACUUCCAAUUUAAAAUGAAUCCACUCAACUGGUACAGAAGGUUGAGGGAUUUUGAUGCACAUAUAUCCAAUAAUGAUCUACAAACAAAGAUUACUGAUGAUGAAAUAAAGUAACCAAAAAUAAGGUUCAAAAUACACCAAGCAUCUUUACAAAAUGCGGUUGAAAAGGUGUAUGCUCUCCACUUUCACACCUGCCUUUCCUCUCCCAACUUCCUUCUCAUUUACAGGGUGAUACCAAAAUAAAAUUCAUCAUUGUAUAAAUUCUUAAUCAAAACCCUACAAGACCUAUAUAUCAUCAUAAAACUAUACAUUUUACAAUAUCCUAAUCACACCAACAAUUCAUUUAACAAACAAAUAAAUGUAAACUGGAAUGGCUCCAAAGAUCAUUAAUAAAAAUGGUCCUAAAAAAAAAGGAUAUAUUUAGCAGAAGGUCCAAGCAACUCUUUUCCAUAUGAUGAAGGUGGAUGGUGGAGUUCUAUUGUUAUGAAAAGAACAGCUUAGACAUUUUGCUAUAUAACUCCUUUGCAUUCCAUAGAUGAAAUAAGAGUGAGUAAAUUAUGGCAGAACAAUCCCUUUAAGCAAUUUAUGGUUUCAUAUUUUGAUUUUGGUGUGAAAUAUGAUCUGGACAUGUAACCUUGAUUUAUGAGAUUCAUUAAAGUAAAUGUUCUCGUUCUUUUUUGUACUUCCAAUGAUUGCACUGUAUCCAGAUGGUGAAUAACAAGCAUUUGCCAAAAUUGUUGCUGGGUAUGUUCUCCGACUGUUUGUUAGCUUUCUUUACCAAUUCCGUAUCCUAAACUGAUCAGAUGAAUAUCGAGAAAGCAGAUCAACUUGGAUUCCAUUUUCUUUUUGCAUUUAUCUGCACAGCACAAGAUUGUACUGUUGUCUCUCUGGAGAUGGUCUGGCCUUCAGGCUGUUUGUUGAGCUGACCUACCAGUGUACUUUCAAAGACAAUGCAGCUCUUUUUUAGGAGACACCUCUGGCUCUGCAUUGCAAGAUCAGAAAGCUGGAGCUGAGAAGAUUUCAGAGAGAUUUACCUUACUGGGAAAGUGCUGCAAGCUCUUAAAGCCCAAGAGAGGCAUUCCGUCUCUGGAGUGGGAGAGAAAAAGAAAGUUAAAGAGAAAGAUACAUGGUUCUAUACAAGCUUUAAAAGAAUGGUUCACCAGAAAAUGAAUAUUCAUCCUCAAGAAGUUUAAAGACAAUGACUUUGAAAUUGUGAUGAAUAUACUGGUCACUCUUUUCCAUGAAAUUACAAUGAAUGGAAAUUGGAGUUUUCAGUUUCAAAUAUUCUAAGUCUUCUAAUGCUGUUUGAUAGCUUUGUCAUAAACGGACUGAAUGUAAGACGUUAUUCACUGAAAAUCCUGACAUCUGUUUAUGAGAGAAGUAGCAAUGAGCGUGUUUACAUGCACAUUCAUACACUGAUUAGGCUUAAUAAUCCGACAACGUGUGUGGUCAUGUAAAAACAUUAAACAGCUUUACUUUAUCAGUGUAAGGUCAUAAAUGGCUUAAGAAUAAACCGAUCGACACGGGUAGAUUUAUGCCCAUUACCCUGAUUUUGCUUUGUAUGUAAACACCUUUACUGGCAUUCUUAAUGGCUUAUCCAAUGAGCACAAGUGUUGUGGGCAUGCCUCAUCACGUCAAAAGCAGAGAAUAAAGUGAUUAUUUCCAAUCUCAUGGAAACAUGGUUUUCUUGCUUUGUCGGAUUUUUAUAAAUAAGCUUAUUUUUGGGAGUUAUCAGCAUAUUAGUGUGCAUGUAAACAGCCGUUCUUCUGAGUCAAAUCUUUUUAAUCAACCUUUUGUUCACAUUACAAUCUGAACGAUUCGUUAACUAAUAGGACAUUGUUACGUCUCUUAUGAGCACGCUUAAGCCUUUUUGGAUGAAUUAUUCUUUUGAAAUUUAAUCUGAACAUCCUCUGCUUAUGAUAAAGCAUGGCACUGACUUUAUCUGAUAUUUUUGGAUUAUAGAUUUCAUUAAUGAAUAACAGAUUUCCUGAAAUCCAGUUUCAAGAUGAAGGUCUUCUCAGAAUCUCUAUUAUAGUUUAAUGUGACUGAUUGUGAUGUUGGAAAUGGACUGAAAAGGAUGUUUAAUGUCCUCUCCCAGUAUCCUUGUGUGUAUAUAAAAGAGGGGGCAAUUAUGUAAACAAUUAAUGCACUGAUUAAUGCCUCUUGGAACUAUUUUGAUUAUUUUUGUGCUGUCACUAGAAGUCUUGUGCGCUUUUGAUUUGCUUCUAAAUAGUAUUGGUCUGUGUGUUUGUGCGCAUACAGAUAAGUGGAACUAUGCAUGUACCAGCAUGUCUUUUGACUGUAAAGCUGCUUUUCCAAAUAUGGUUCCAUUUAAGCGUCAUGCCGAAAUGAAUUGUUGCCAUAUAC